AUGCUGCCCCGCGGGCUCCUCUCCCUCCUCGCCCUCUUCUCCCUUCCCGGGGCUGCUGCUCCCGCGCUGGAUGAAGACGAUGACUACGACCUCCUGUACGUGAAUCUGGACAAUGAAAUCGAGGGUCCUGCUCACGGCCCGGAGGAAACUGUUUCGUGCGACUGCCAGCGAGAGCACAGCAAGUGGGACAAGCUCUUCAUCAUGCUGGAGAACUCGCAGAUGAAGGAGAACAUGAUGCUGCAGGGGCUGGACGAGAUGCUGAAGGGGGACCUGCAGGGGCUGAAAGCAGAGCUGAGCCAGCUCAGCACCAGCCUCGCGGGCACCUUCGCUGCCCUGGCCGAGCAGGUCACCUCCCACCUGGUGGCACAGGUAGAGCAGGUGCUCCUGAGGAGCGGUGAGCAAGCCAAGAGGCUCCAGGAGUCUGAGCAAGGCAAGGUUCUCCAGCACAUCCUGCUGCUGAGCCACAACGUGUCCAGCAGGCUCAGCCAGCUGGAGGGCACUGGGCUGAGGAGGGCAGAGGUGGAGGCUCAGGAGACAGCUUUUCAGCAAGACACCAGAGGGGACAACCUCUUCCUGAACUCCCUGUGGAAAGAGCUGCAGCAGACCAGAGCUGAGCUGAAGGCCUCGCAGCAGUGGGCAGCCCAGCACUUACUGCCAGCAGGGUGUGAAACAGCAAUUCUAUUCCCAAUGCGUUCAAAGAAGAUAUUUGGCAGCGUUCACCCAACUGCUGGAAUGACCCUUCACUCCUUCACUGCCUGUAUCUGGAUCAGGGUGACUGAGGCUUUGGACAAAACCAUUGUCUUCUCCUACGGAACCAAGUUCAAUCCAUAUGAAAUCCAGCUUUACCUCAGCCAGGAGUCUGCAGUGCUGGUCGUUGGUGGCAGCCAGCACAAGUUGGCUGUUGAAAAUGUAGUUGCUUCUGGGAAGUGGAUCCAUCUCUGUGGCACCUGGAGCUCAGGGAACGGAUCUGCCUCCCUGUGGGUGCAGGGAGAGCUUGAAGGCAGUGCCCUGGGCUUUGCCACCGCCCACACCAUUCCAGAAGGAGGGAUUUUGCAGAUUGGUCAAGAAAAGAACGGCUGCUGCGUUGGAGGUGGAUUUGAUGAAGCUUUAGCCUUCUCUGGAAGGUUAACUGGCUUUAACAUGUGGGACAGAGUGCUGAGUGCCAGGGAGAUUGCAGCACAGAGCGGGGAAGGUGGGUGCAGUAUCAGGGGCAACGUCGUCGGGUGGGGAGUCACAGAAGUUCUGCCCUAUGGAGGAGCCCAGUACGUUUCCUAA